GGAGGAGGAAGGGCGGGUGGGCCCGGCGGGGGGAAGGGUUAGGCGAGCGCUGCCCCGGCGUGACAGGGGCGGCGGCUCGGUGCGGCGGCCCCGGCUGGCCGCGAUCGCGGUGGAGGCGCCGGAGCGGGUCCUGUCACAUGAUGCGGUUCCUGGAAAGUUCCUGGAAAGCAGCCUUUGCUACGCUUGGGCCGGGGGCCGAGACCAUGCACCCGGCGCUGUGCUGAGUACCGCGGCGGCGGCGAAGCGGAGCCCUCUCCCAGUGGGCAGCCCCCGACCUGCGUGCGAACGGGGCCGCGCCCGCCGCCGCCGCCCUCCAUGACCCUGCGCUCCGCCGGGUCCCUGGAAAGCGCGGAGGGCUCCCGGGAGCGCUGGGGGCACCCCGGGGCAGCGCCGCCUGCUGCCGAGGAGUCCCGUGAGGCGGCGCCGCUGGCCGAGGCCAUGGAGGAGCUGCGGCGGGCAGGAUGGUACUGGGGCAGCAUGACUGUUGCUGAAGCCAAAGAGAGAUUACAGGAUGCCCCCGAAGGGACCUUCUUGGUUAGGGACAGUUCACAUUCAGAGUAUCUGCUGACUAUUUCGGUAAAAACAUCAGCAGGGCCGACCAACCUACGGAUAGAAUACCAGGAUGGCAAGUUUAGGCUGGACUCUAUCACUUGUGUCAGAUCGAGACUUAAACAAUUCAACAGCGUGGUGCAUUUGAUCGAGUACUAUGUUCUCAUGUGCAAGGACCGAAGUGAAACACCUUCAAACGGCACAGUUCACCUUUACUUGAACAAACCUCUUUAUACAUCUGCUCCAUCUCUGCAGCACCGCUGCAGAAUAACGAUCAACAAAUGUACCAACCAGAUCUGGGAGCUGCCCUUGCCUACAAGACUAAAAGAGUACUUGAGAGAGUACCAGUACCAGGUGUAAAUGGCUUUUCUCAAUGCCUUUGAUGAAGAGUAGCAUUUAGAUGCAAUUCUUAAAACUGGCCAAAGAACUGAGUUGUACAACUCAGCAUGGAAUUCACUAUCAAAACAGUGGCGGUUCUGGGGCAAAGUUGUUCUGAUUUCAGAUGCUACAAAGGGAGACUUUAAGUAGAAUAAUCCCAGCUUGCAUCCCUGGGGGUUCAACAAGGUGGCAUUCUCAUUCUUCAAGCAGAAAGAAGAAGCCAGAGAGCUGUCCAGACUGUGUUGCUUUGUCAAUGGCAUCAAAUCCUGCACUAACUAUCAAAUGCUAACUGGUGGGACUGGGAGGGACUGCAGGACUGCUCAGAGGUGUUUCUCAACUGUCUGAUCCCAAGAUUAACGUGGUGCUGGUGCUCCUGAAAGCUUAACUGGAUCACACUGUGAUAACCUUGCCAAAGUUAUGCAACUAAUCAAAUCCAGUCAAAAAAAAAAAGGCAAACAUGUAGUCAUUUUUUAUUGAAGUCUGAUUCUUGUGCUUUUCUGCAAGCAAAGGAGUACUGUAAGCAAUCAGUUGAAAUCACUCUUUGGUUUGCUUUUUGAUUCCUCCCCACGUUCUCUACAGGCUGACCUUAAGGAGAAAUGCCACAACCCAGUAUGUUGCUGAUUCUACCAGACUGGUAUCCCAGAGUCUUUAACACCUUCACAUCUUCCCAGUGGUGAUAUAUCCAUGUUAUUACUAUUUAAGCCUCUUUUGCUUGAGGCUUUUAGGGCUGUUACUCUGCAGGCAUUUCCAAUGUCAAAACAUGGAUAUCAGCAGUUAACAGCUGUCUUCUACAGUGUAGAAUGGUUUUCUUCAGCCUCUUUCCCAACAUGUGGGGAAAUAUAAUUUGAGGGGUUUUGGUU